ACACAGGAAGGAUUCCCUUUAUAAAUGAGCUGCUGGGUGUCUAUAGGCGGAAGAGACUUUUAGGCAUUUAUACUCUGCCCGAAGGAUGAGCACGGUUUGGAUGUAACUGUUUAUCAUAACGACACCUGUCGCGCUUUUGGGUCAAAACAAGCUGGAUGUGGUUGUGGCUGUGAAACGCCGAUAAGAUGAAGCGACCCGGAGACGCGACGCUCCGUGGGUGCAGUUUAAGCUAACGGUUAGCUGCUGGGGGGGGAAAGGUGUAAUGCACAGAGACCAUGAGGAUGGUCACAGCUGGCUGAGGUUCACCCACUGACCCAGCAGGUUUGAUCCGGCUUGAAAAGAAGUAGGAGCCAUGAAAGAAGCUGAUGGAGCAGAGUGUGAAGGCGAGGCCCUGUUCGAGGACCAGGACUUCCCCUCGGACGACACCUCCCUGUUCUCUGACGGCUCCACGCCCAUCGCCAGGCUACAGGGUGAAAUCACCUGGCGACGUCCGCAGGAGAUAUGCCAGUCGCCAGCUCUCUUCCCUGACAACAUCAGCCUGGGUCAUGCAAAACAAGGCUUGUUAGGAGACUGCUGGUUUCUCUGUGCCUGCACCUUCUUGCUCAAGAACCAACUGCUACUGAACAAGGUGUUGCCUCCAGAGCAGCCCCAGUGGGAUGACAGCAGAUACAGGGGCUCCUUCCAGUUUUGUUUUUGGCAGCUGGGACACUGGACAGAAGUGACCAUCGACGACCGCCUGCCCUGUAUCAAUUCCACUCUCUGCUUCUCACACUGCCACUCCCCCACUGCCUUUUGGGUAGCCAUGUUGGAGAAAGCCUAUGCCAAGCUUCAUGGCUCAUAUGAGCGACUGUGGGCAGGGCAGGUGUCCGAGGCCCUGGUGGAUUUUACCGGAGGCCUGGCUGAACGCUGGAGCUUGGGAGAGGCAGAGGAGGAGCAGAGACCAGAACAAGACAGUGACCGGGUCAGGGGGAGAAGCCUGGACCUGAACCUUCUGUAUCCAGUGAAAGACGAGUGUGCGGUUAGCUGCUCUACUCACAGCAGCCCAGGAGGUGCCAGUGAGCUCGGUCAGUACCAUGCGCUGACUGUCAUGGAGUGGUUGGAUGUCCAGAUGGUUUCAGGGAGCAAAGUUCUGCUGCUCAGGAUCAGAAACCCCUGGGGAAGAUGCUGCUGGGGAGGGGCCUGGAUAGGGAGUGGUUUGGGUUGGAGUUCUGUCGACCCUAUUUCUGCUUUGGACUUGCAAGCCAGGGUUGCGGAGGGCGAGUUCUGGUUGGAUGAAACUGAAUUUCUGUCCCAGUUUGAUGAUGUCACAGUGGGCUACCCCAUCAGUGAUGAGGGGUACCUAAAGAGCAUAUAUACUGGAAAUCUGCUGACACACAACCAUCAGCUGGCUGGCCGGUGGAUGAGAGGGCACUCCGCCGGGGGCAGCCGAAACAGCAGCAGCUACGGCAGCAACCCAAAGUUUUGGCUCAAAGUGUGUGAGAGAGGAGAGGUGCUGGUGUCCCUGCUACAGCAUAGAAAAUGGAGAAACACAGAGCAGUGCACACAAACGACACUCGAGGAUAGCAAGAACACGACACACCAGCACUACCAGGCUAUUGCUCUCCACAUGUGGAAGGUGGAGAAAAGGCGUUUUCAUCUCAGCCGGAUGUUGAACAAACCUCCUUGUGCUUCUUCUCACUGCCAUUCCUAUGAGAGAGAGGUGGUUCUCCGUGAGCAGCUGGAGCCUGGAUACUACCUGCUGAUCCCCAGCACCUACCAGCCGGGAGCUGAGGCCCGCUUCCUCAUAAGGGCCUUUUCCUCCUCUUCCAUAUCCCUCAGUGCCCUGAAAAGCCCAGCACCUACACUCCCAUUGACAACAGAUGGAGAGUGGGAGACCAGUUACUUCCGGGGCUCGUGGGUGGAGGCGAUGACCGCCGGAGGAAGCCGGAAUUUCCUGUCUCACUGGCAGAACCCAUCCUUCCCUUUUACAGUUUGUGAUGAGUCAGCAGUGACAUCAGGAGUUAAUGUCAGGAUUACCCUGCACCAGAGCCGCCCUGACACUGAUCUUCACCCUAUUGGCUUCCACAUUUAUAAGUUUCCAGAAGGGGAAUCUGAGCAGACAUUACCAAGGCACGAGGAUCCAGCAGCCAGUUGUGUCCCUCACUGCUACACCCAGGAUGUCAGUCUGGCCUGCCGUCUGUCUCCCGGAGCCUACACCAUAGUGCCGUCCACCUAUCAGCCUGACUGCUCAGCCAACUUCACCCUCAGCCUGGAUUGCAGAAGACACAGGAAAGUGAUGAAAAGCCAGGAGAGACUGGGAAGAGCCAUUCAGGAGAUCUCUCACAUCUCUGUGAUGCAAAGCUAGCUCUCUGGGACUGUUGCUGCUCGACUGAUGUCGGCUCACCUCCCAGUGCCUCUUGGCUCAUGAUGAAAGAACCAGUUCUCCCAUCCACCCUCACCAUGGAUUGUGUGUGUGUGUGUGUGUGUGUGUGUGCGCGCGCAUGCAUCGGGAAUCGUGGAAACCCCUUUAUUCUGAACCGCUGAGGCUCAGGGCUGAUGGGCAGCCACACACUCAUCGGCGAUUAGGACUUCAGAGGUUGUCGGUGGGCUGGGCUGCUAAUGAAGUAUGACGGGACUUGGUGGUGUAAACAAACAGCCGCAAUUGAAGAGGGCCGCUGCUGCUCUUGCUCAUUCACUCACUGGUACGCCUGCCGGCCUGGAACAAAGGGUCCUCUCAUGAAGGUCCUCACAGAGGCACAGGGGGCAAGGGGCGAGGGGUUGGUCUCUGACAGCAGAGCCAACCAAACCACACCACACCAUAACGUGCCAUACCAUGCCAGAGCCAUCCUCCCAUUCCUCACCCCUAAACACUUUACUCCUUGCCUAGCUUGUAUUGUUCUUCUCAAGACACAGAACGUUUUCUCAGUCCUCAUUCCCAAACAUGCUCACCAUUAGGGCUAACACUGAAGCCAGGCUGGACCCAAAGAACCACACUUUGUUCUUGACUCCAUACUCGCCCCCCAGCUCCCUUUGUGUUUCCCCAGACUCAGUCUACAACUCUCCCUGGACCUGAACAGACCCAUGGUUUGAAGAUGCCGCGAGAACAGAUGACAAGCGGAUGGAUGAAAGUGAUGAAACGAGGGACGCGGCAUCAGAGGAGGCCGGUUCAUCAAACGAAGCCGCCAGCCCUUGUUGUGUUGAGGCUGCGUAUGUGUGGUGGUCUGUGUCAAAGUCACAGGGUUUCUGAUGAUUCAUUAGAUCCAGUGUGAACAGAGACUUUUGUGAAGCUAUAAUUGACUGAUUAGAGUGGUACAGUGAUGGGUAUUUGUUAUGGUUGGAAGUUAAACGCAAUGAAUAAAACCUUAAAAGAUAA